GAUCCUCUGGUCACAAAGUUAAUGAGUAACAAAGUGGUAUUUGUCCAGAACAUCACCGUCUGCUCUGAAAAUAUAAUUUAUGUUGUCGCAGCUUCAUCUCAGUUCUGUUCAGCUUCAACAUGGGAUCAUCUGUCCUCUGCAGCUGGUUGGCUGUGCUCUCAUGUCUCCUCUGUUUGGGGGUUGAGGUUCAGGGUGACUGCUCUGACAGCAACAUACAAAUAGAGGGGGGUGAAUACAUUCUGAGCAGGAACCUGACUAGAGACAGCCUGCUGGUCUACAAGUGCAAAGAAGGCUAUUAUCCAUACCCCACCCUGACCCGCUUGUGUCAGCCCAAUGGAUCCUGGAGACCUGCACCAAAAAAAUUUAUCAGACAGAGAUGCAGACGCGUUGAGUGUCCAGACCCCAACGUGCUGCAGAACGGAGACGUCUCCCCUCCUCAGGAGAGCUACUUUGUGGACAACGAGACCACCUAUGAGUGCUACUCUGGGUAUACACUGAGAGGCUCCGUCAAACGGACCUGUUUACCCAACGGGAAGUGGAGCGGCCUCACUCCGAUCUGCAGCCGGGACUCUGGAGAUGUCUGUGCUGAUCCUGGAAUCCCGCCUGGCGCCUCCAGAACAGGAAACUUAUUUGGGAUUGACGACAAAGUGCAUUAUAGGUGCACCGGCAACCUGUUUCUGGUGGGCUCUAAAGAAAGAACGUGUCAGGAGAACGGCCAGUGGACGGGCCAAGAGCCGGCGUGCUACUACAAACACACGUAUGACACGGUACUGGAAGUGUCAGAAGCAUUUGGAGGUGCAAUCAAAGACAGCCUCACCACCAUGGAGUCUCUCAAUGACACACAAGAAGGACGAAUGAUUAGAAUUUCAAAAAAUGGGACUCUGAACAUUUACAUCGCUGUGGACAUCUCUGAGAGCAUCAACGAGGACCAAUUUAAACAAGCGAGAAAUGCAGUCAUAACGCUCAUUAAAAAGAUCGCAUCAUUCAGCGUGUCGCCAAACUACGAAAUCAUCUUUUUCUCCUCUGAAAUAUAUGAAGURGUCAAAAUUCCUGAUUUCUUGGACGGUAACAUAGAACUGAAGGACGCCAUAAAGAGGCUGGAGGAUUUUGAAGUUGGCGACAAAAACACCGGAACGGAUCUAAACGCUGCCUUCGUAAAAUUUGAGGGAGAGAUGGCUUAUAUAAGGGAUCGAGUCAAACCCGAGGCUUUUAAGGAACACCGCCACGUCCUGAUCAUGUUUACAGAUGGUGCUUACAACAUGGGCGGCUCUCCUAGACCCACUGUGGAGAGAAUAAAGAACAUGGUCUACAUGAAUGACAUGGCCAAUGUUGGCUCCAGAGAUGAAUAUCUUGAUAUUUACAUUUUUGCCAUCGGGGCUGACCUUUUCGAUGAUGACCUGCAGCCUCUAACGGUGGGAACUGGUGGUUCUCAUUACUUCAGGAUGAAAGAUAUCAAAGAGUUACAAGCGACCUUUGAUGGUAUAAUUGAUGAAAGUGAAGUCGUAGGUCUGUGCGGUCUUCACCAAGACUAUGAAAUAACACCGGACAAAACGAACAGGCGGAAAAGAUAUCCUUGGUUGGCUUUUAUUAUUAACAAGGGGAAAAAAUCAAAGAAGUGCAUCGGCUCUCUGGUGUCCCCUGACUUUGUCUUGACUGCUGCUCACUGUUUCACAUACGGAGAUUUACCUAAGGACAUCAUUAUUGAAAUUGAAGAUGAAAAAACGGGCAGAAGAGAGAGAAGUGUUAAAAAUUUCACCUUACAUCCAAACUACAAGAUCCACGCCAAAGUAAACCAAGGUGUGGAGGAGUUUUAUGACUAUGACUUGGCUCUCAUCCAGCUGUCGAAUCCCAUUGAAAUAUCUGUUUCUAUAAGACCAAUCUGCAUACCAUGCACUCAGGAGACCAGCGAUGCUAUGAAGCUGGUGGGUAAAUCAACGUGCAAACAACAGGAGGAGCUUCUAUUAAAGAAUCAACGUGAACGACUCAAUUUUCUAACAAGGAAAGACCCCUUAGUGGCUGAAAAAGACGUGUUCGCCAAACUUGGAGAAAAUAGAAAUUUAUGCAUUGAAAAAGCCCUGAACGCACCAGGCAUAACAACAAAAGAUCCAAAGGUUGCUGUGACGGAUAACUUCCUGUGCACCGGUGGUCUCACAGAUCACAGAGAUCAUAUAGCUUGUACAGGUGAUUCUGGAGGCGCUGUGUUCAAGAACUACGAGCUUCGAACGAUUCAGGUUGGGGUGGUCAGCUGGGGAACCCACGAACUGUGCGGCUCCACUGAUGGUCUAAUUGAGUCCAACGCUGACUCCAGGGAUUUCCAUAUUAAUCUGUUCAAAAUGACCCCAUUUCUUAAGAGAAUCCUCGGAGAUGAAAAUCAAGACUACGCACCGCUUAAGUUUCUGGAAAGUUAAACCUAAUGCUGCAUUCUGUUUGGCCAUUUUGUGACUUGAGUUUUAAAACAGGAAGCUUUAUUUGAUCAGACUGUGGCCCAUUUGAUUGACCUCAUUCUGUCACUCAUUCACAGUUUGCAUGAGACUUUAACCUCCUGACUUUCUCUCCUUACGUGAAUCCUUUCAGUGUAAACACAGUUUGUAAAAAGUGCCCGAGUUAAAUAAACAUUUGGGUUCUUUCAUUCCCAAAAAUGAACCAACUCAACCAUAAACACCUUUUACCACUCUUGUGAUGCUUUUAAUAAAGUGGACUCUUUCUAUUUAA